GCGGCCGCCUCCCCUUCUCGCUCGGGUGACGACGGGCGAGGUCGCGGCGGCGGCGAUCGACGAUGGUGGUGGCCACGGAGGAAAUGGCGGUCUACUGCUUCGACACCCUCGUCGCACACUACAGCGGCGAGCAGCCGCCGCCGCCUGCCUUCGAGGAGGGCGUCCACCCACUGUUUGUCACCUGGAAGAAGGCUACCAAUGGUUCCGAACCACGGUUAAGGGGAUGCAUUGGAACCUUGGAGCCCCGCCAGAUUGUAAGCGGCUUUAAGGAUUAUGCACUGACCAGUGCCCUGAGAGAUCGGCGCUUUUCUCCUAUACAGUCGAAAGAGCUGCCAUAUUUGGAGUGCACAGUUUCUAUAUUGACUGAAUAUGAAACUGCACAAAACUACCUUGACUGGGAGGUAGGAAAGCAUGGGUUGAUUAUUGAAUUCACUGAUCCAGACUACAAUGUGAGACGCAGUGCAACUUAUUUACCUGAGGUUGCUGCACAUGAAGGUUGGACAAUACUAGAGACUAUUGACUCCCUCAUGAGGAAGGCAGGCUACAAUGGAGCCAUCACUGAGUCUUUGAGGAACAAAAUCCGCGUCACCCGCUACCAGAGCACCCUCUACACCAUGCACUACGGUGAAUAUGCUGCAUAUGUCAAGAAGAACAGAGGUGAAAUUAAUGAGGCACCUGUAGCUAAUGGCUCCAAAUAAAGCCAAUGAUUUAGUAUCCUUAUUGCAGCAUAUCAUAUGAAACUAUUUAUGAUUUGUCUCAGAAGUAUUUGGGGGUAAGAACUUGUUUGAAAUUUCGACCCCCAAUCAUUGAUGUGCCAUCAUUUCAUUCAUUCCAUGGAAUGUGGGGUGCCAUGUCAACAGUACCCAUAAACUAUGUCAUUCUGGAAUAAAUGAUGAUGGCCAUGUAUCUGUAAACUUAUGCACUAUAAUUAAAAAAUAAUUUGAGUAUUUCAGUUGGUCA